GGGGCGGACACGGAGGAGCGGCUGGUGGAGCAUCUUCUAAACCCAGCCCACUACAACAAGCUGAUCCGUCCUGCCACUAAUGGCUCCGAGCUGGUUACCGUGCAGCUGAUGGUGUCGCUGGCCCAACUCAUCAGCGUGCAUGAACGGGAGCAGGUGAUGACCACUAACGUCUGGCUAACACAGGAGUGGCAGGACUAUCGGCUGACUUGGGUCCCUGAAGAGUUUGAUGGGAUGAUGAAGGUCAGGCUGCCCUCAAAGCACAUCUGGCUGCCUGACGUGGUGCUUUACAACAAUGCCGACGGUGUGUACGAGGUGUCCUUCUACUCCAACGCCGUGGUCUCCCACGACGGAAGCAUCUUCUGGUUGCCCCCAGCCAUCUACAAAUCAGCCUGUAAGAUCGAGGUCAAGCACUUCCCCUUCGACCAGCAGAACUGCACGCUGCGCUUCCGCUCCUGGACCUACGACCGCACCGAGAUCGAUCUGGUCCUCCGCGCGGACGUGGCCAGCAUGGACGACUUCACGCCCAGCGGGGAGUGGGACAUCAUCGCCCUGCCAGGCAGACGGAACGAGAACCCCGCCGACCCCACCUACGUGGACAUAACGUAUGACUUCAUCAUCCGCAGGAAGCCUCUUUUUUACACCAUCAACCUCAUCAUCCCGUGUGUCCUCAUCACCUCACUGGCCAUCCUGGUCUUCUACCUGCCGUCGGACUGCGGAGAGAAGAUGACGCUCUGCAUCUCAGUGCUGCUGGCGCUCACUGUGUUCCUGCUGCUGAUCUCCAAGAUCGUGCCGCCCACUUCCCUGGACGUGCCUCUGGUGGGGAAGUACCUGAUGUUCACCAUGGUCCUAGUCACCUUUUCUAUCGUCACCAGUGUGUGUGUGCUCAACGUGCACCACCGCUCACCCACCACACACACCAUGCCCCCUUGGGUUAAACUGGUGUUCCUCAACAAGCUCCCUGCCCUGCUCUUUAUGCGCCAGCCGAGGAACAGCUGCGAGCGCCAGCGGCUUCGCCAAAGAAGGAGGGCCCAGGAGCAGAAAGAGGGCGGGCGCAGCGGGGAGGCGGGGGCCCUGAUGGUGGGUCUCGGGCUGGGUGGGAGUGGCGGGAGCGGAGGGGGAACCACAACAGGGGUGUUCAGCAAAGAAGACAGUGACCCUUGUACCUGCUACGUGAACCGGGCGUCUGUUAAACAGUUUGGAGGGGAUCUGGGAGGUGCAGGGGGUGGAUCCUUGGAUGGUCUGAAUAGGGUGAGGGAGGGCAGGGAAGGGGGCUCUGGAAACGUGCCCCGGGGCCAGCAAGCAGGGGGGGGUCCUGCUCUGACUCAGGCCCUGUUGGCCCAGGCCUGUCCAGGGUUUGAGGAAGCCGUGGAAGGAGUUCGCUUCAUCGCCAACCACAUGAAGGGUGAAGAUGAUGAUCAAAGUGUGAGCGAGGACUGGAAGUACGUCGCCAUGGUGAUCGACCGCCUCUUCCUGUGGAUCUUCGUGUUCGUGUGCGUGUUCGGCACGUUGGGCAUGUUCAUGCAGCCCCUCUUCCAGAAUUACACGGCCAAGACCAUCACCAGCACGCCGGGCUGA